AUGACCUGGGUUGAAGUUUUACCAGUCGGUGCAAUUAUGUCACUCGGUGUUUUGCUCAUGGCAUACGGUCUUGACAAAGGUCACAGAGCAUUCCACAAUGGAAAGCCACAUAGACACUCAAAAGAAAGAGUAGACUAUCAUCUGGAUACACGUGAUGAACAGAUUUUAGAUUUUAGAGUUAUAAAGAACAAUCCUAGAAAGUUAGAUAGACUAUUGCAGAGUGUUCAACAUAAUUAA